AUGGCUAUAUUGACUAAUGAUUUAUUUAAUCGUGAGAGAGGUUCUCAACUAGGUCCUGCGUAUCAUGAUGGGGAGAAUUUAUGGUACAAGAAAAUGAGUGGUGUACAACUGCAAAAUGCUUCCUCUGCCUUGGCCAUACAGGGAUCACAGAAAAAUGAAGGUUCAGUGAUCGUGGCAACUGGUUCAGAAACAAAGCCAAAGAAGAAAAUCUGCUGUGCUUGCCCGGACACUAAAAAGUUGCGAGAUGAGUGCAUGGUAGAGCACGGUGAAGCAGCUUGUGCAAAAUGGAUUGAGGCUCAUCGACUCUGCCUCCGUGCUGAGGGCUUCAAUGUUUAA